AUGGAGACUAAAAUUUCCGAUGUCUUCCCCCCGAAAUUUGCAAAAGAAGGGUUAACUUUCGACGAUGUUUUGCUGAUUCCGGCUGAAUCGGAUGUGCUGCCGGAUCAAGUGGAUACGAGUACACAACUGACACGUAACCUCCAGCUAAACAUUCCUAUCUGUAGCGCGCCUAUGGAUACUGUCACCGAAUCUGCCCUUGCUAUUGCUCUUGCGCGGGAAGGAGGCAUCGGAAUAAUUCAUUAUAACUGCUCUAUUGAUGAGCAGGUUUCCGAAGUCGACAGGGUAAAACGAUCGGAGAGUGGUAUGAUUACUGCACCGAUUACGCUAACGGAGGAUAAGACAAUUCGUGAUGCGCUUGAGGUGACAGAGAGUUACCACAUCGGCGGUGUACCUAUCGUUACCAAAGACGGGUAUCUUGUCGGUCUAAUUACCAACCGUGAUCUUAAAUAUGAAGAUAAUCUGGAGCUCCCCUUAACCGCACGGAUGACACCCAGAGACAAACUGAUUACCGCUGCACCAGGGAUUACACUUGAUAAAGCGAAAGAAAUACUCCACAAAUCUCGAAAAGAAAAACUGCCGAUUGUGGAUGACGAUUCCCGACUCUGUGGGUUAAUUACCAUUAAGGAUAUUGACAAAGUUCAGAUGUUUCCACAAGCGUGUAAAGACAACGCCGGUCGGUUACGGGUCGGUGCCGCUGUCCUACCUUCAACGCCUUUGGAAGACGUUGACCGCUUGGUAGAAGCGGGUGUUGAUGUACUUGUAUUGGAUACAGCACAUGGUCAUUCCAAAAACGUCAUCCUCUCAACGGAGUACCUUAAGGCCCACUUUCCAAACGUUGAACUCGUCGCAGGCAAUGUCGUCACGCCUGAAGCCACACGAAGCCUCAUUGAUGCCGGUGCCGAUGCAGUAAAAGUCGGCGUUGGUCCCGGCUCUAUUUGCACAACCCGUGUGGUGGCUGGGGUCAGUAUCCCUCAGAUUACAGCAAUUUACGAUUGUGCACAGGAAGCGGAUAAAGCAGGCGUUCCGAUUAUCGCUGAUGGCGGUAUCCGUUAUUCUGGAGACAUCGCCAAAGCCAUCGGUGCUGGUGCCAGUUCUGUCAUGAUUGGCAGUUUAUUGGCUGGAACCGACGAGAGCCCAGGCGAUACAGUCAUCUAUCAAGGGAGAACCUAUAAAAUGCACCGUGGAAUGGGGUCAAUAGGUGCAUUACGGAAACGGAGCGCACGACAGCCAGCGGAAAGCACAGAGGAUAUCUCGAAACUCGUGCCUCGCGGAAUUGAAGGACGGGUACCACACAAAGGCAAACUCAGUAAUUUCGUCUAUCAGUUAGUCGGCGGAAUUCGCUCUGCGAUGGGGUAUUGUGGGACCGCAGAUAUUAACACGUUACGUACGAAUAGCCAAUUUGUCCGGAUGUCCAGCAGCGGUUACCGCGAAAGCCAUCCACACGAUAUUGAUAUUACAGAGGAAGCACCGAAUUAUACGGUUACGAAUCUCAGCUCAUAG